AUGUCGUCGCCAGCUCAAUAUGUUGCUCUUCCACAGGGCGCAGGCUACGCAGUUGUGGUCGGUUUGGGUGCAGUGUUUGCCCUUGGAAUGAUGUUUACCACAUUCUGCUUAAGACGUUACAACAAAGAAAUUAUGACAGCAGAAGAGUUCGCUACCGCUGGCCGGUCUGUGAAGACAUUCUUGCUUUCUUCUGCAGUGGUCUCUUCUUGGACAUGGGCUGCAACUCUCUUAACAUCUACUGUUCAAGUGUACAACAAUGGUAUCUCAGGCGCCAUGUACUAUGCUGCUGGUGCAACUGUCCAGAUUAUUCUUUUCGCAUGUUUGGCUAUUAAGGGAAAGGAGAAGGCUCCUCACGCACACACGUACUUGGAAAUCAUCAAAGCCAGAUAUGGAAGCACCACGCAUGGAGUGUACUGUUUCUGGGGUUUCGCUACCAACGUUUUGGUCACAGCCAUGUUAUUAACCGGUGGCUCUGCUGUGGUGCAUGACUUGACCGGAAUGAAUGUUGUGGCUGCUUGUUUGUUACUUCCCCUCGGUGUGGUCAUCUAUACCUUAUUUGGAGGUAUCAAGGCCACCUUUUUGACAGAUUACGCACACACCGUAGUCAUUGUGGUUAUAAUGUUGGUUUUCGCAUUUAACACUUUUGCUGUUUCCGACAAAUUGGGAUCUCCAGCUGUUGUCUGGGACAUCAUCACUAACUUGGCUAUGACGCAACCUAGAGAGGGUAACGCUGGUGGCUCAUACUUGACUUUGAAGUCUCGCUCUGGAGGCAUCUUCUUUGUCAUCAACAUUGUUGGUAACUUCGGUACUGUCUUCUUGGAUAACGGUUACUUCAACAAGGCCUUCGCUUCUGACCCUGCUGCCACCAUGCCCGGAUACGUCAUUGGAGGUUUGGCCUGGUUUGCCAUCCCAAUGUUCACUGCCACUACCUUGGGACUUACUGCCUUGUCUUUGCAAGAUACUCCAGCUUGGCCAACCUUCCCACGUCAAAUGACCUCAGCAGAGGUCAGUGCUGGUUUGGUGUUGCCUAACGCUGCAGUUGCCCUUUUGGGUAAGAGUGGUGCUGUUAUGAGUCUUUUGUUGGUUUUCAUGGCUGUCACCUCGGCUAUGUCCGCUGAGUUGAUCGCUGUGUCAUCCAUCUACACCUAUGAUAUCUACAGAACUUACAUCAAUCCAAAGGCAUCGAGCAAGAGAUUGAUCUUCAUGUCUCACGCCUCCGUUAUUGUGUUCGCUUAUGUCAUGGCUGCGUUUGCUAUUGGCUUGUACUACGCUGGUAUCUCUAUGGGCUACUUGUAUGAAUUGAUGGGUGUUAUAAUUGGAGGUGGUGUUUUACCUUCGGCAUUGACCUUGCUCUCUAAGAAACAAAACUGGGCCGCUGCUACCUUUACACCUCCAAUUGCCACUGGUUUGGCCAUUAUGCUGUGGCUCAUUGUCACCAAAACCAAGUUUGGUGCCAUCAGCGUUGCUACCACUUUCGAGGACGACUCUAUGUUGACUGGUAACAUUGUCGCCUUGUUGGCACCAUUUGUGAUCAUUCCUGUGCUCAUUUUGGUAUUCAAGCCACAAAACUUUGACUGGGACAUUUUGAAGAGUAUCACUCGUGUGGACGAAGAGGAAGAGUUGCUCGAAGCCGAGUCUUCCCAGAACAACGAUGACCCCGAGAAGCUUCUCCCAGUCAAGUCUACCAUUGCCCAAGCCGCCCAAGAGAUUAUUGCCCAAAAUGAUCUUGAUCCUCUCGCCGAACAAGCUCGUUUGAGACGCUCCUUCAAGAUUGCCUUGACUAUUUGCUGCACACUUGCCGUAUGUCUUCUUGUGUUGUGGCCAAUGCCUAUGUACGGUACUGGGUACAUCUUCAGCAAGAAGUUCUUCACUGGCUGGAUUGUUGUCUUGUUCAUUUGGUCCUUCUUCACUGCAUUUGUUGUGAUCAUUGGUCCAUUAUGGGAGGGCCGCGAAGGCUGCUACACCACUUUCAGAGGUAUUUACUGGGACGUUACUGGCCAAACGCACAAGUUGCGUGAAUGGCAAAACGCCCACCCUGAACAAUUGCAUGCUGUACGGAGCCAGGUUUCCGCUGAGCUCGCUAGAUUGACUACUAUCGAAGGAAAAGUUGUUGGUGGAGGCUAUGUUCUGCCUCAUGGAAUUGAUGAGGAAUUAGAGAAGAAGUAA